AAUGUUGAAUCUGAGACCUCCAUCUAAUAAAGGAUUUGUUACCCCACCUCCACGUCUACCUACUCCUCCACCAAUUAUUCAAGGUGAAUAUGAAGUUGAGUCAAUACUCACCUCAAGAAUCGUUCAGAACUUAACAACUGGUCUUACCUCUCGUCAAUUCCUUAUAAAGUGGAAAAGAUACUCUUAUCAAGAAAUGACUUGGGAAGAUGAGAACAAUCUUUCAGUAUUUUUGCUUUUAUUUUUUAUUUUAACCGAAUAUUUACAGGAUUGCCAAGACCUUAGACAUAAAUGGUUUAAUCUCCAUAUCGAAGGGACAACGCCUGUCCACGAAAUUAGGAGUUCAUCCGAGUUACCUUCUCCUCCCAGAUAUAAAUACAAAGGAUGGACUGAUGCCGAACUUUCAGACGAUGAGGAGCGUGAUCCAGAAUGGCGACCUUUAAGGAAAAAACUUAAGCGUCAACGCUUAAAUUUUGGUAGAUUAAUUUAA